ACAUGGCAGAAUGAUGAGGAGCUAAAGUAGCAUAUUUUAGAUGUCUGGAACGGUAUUACACUCGAGGAAAUUCGUACCCGGAUCUCUGACUUACUAAGACGAUGUUAGUACCUAGUAAAAUAUAGUGGAGGGCGCAUUCGUAGCCAUGGCUGCUAAUCUAUUAAUAAAUUGACGUUUUUUGAGUACAUUCUGGUGAUGCGGCCUGUGCGCGGAGACACAUCGGUGAUCGCGCUGGACACUGGCCAUAGCUCUCGGUAAAUUCUCGGAUGCAGACGACUUUUUUCUAAUAAAGAGUGCUUCUACUCCGGGCACUGAUCAAAAGCACUUUCCCAUCAUCUACUUUCGGCCAUGUGUAGGCCGGAGCAAUGGUUUCUGCCGCGGAAGCACAUCUCGAUUUCGAACCCUCAUCUGUGCGAUCAGCAUUCUGCUGCGUUGCGAAAUGCCUGGAUCUGGUCGCUUCGCCCUUGCAAAAGCCAUUCUAUCGUACCGCUGAUCGACUCGAGCAAUCUUCAACCACAGUGGACGUACUUCAAGCAUUGCAAAUUCUAGCCUCAGAGCUCAACACAGAGACUUGUCAAUCUUCUCAGGCUGACAGCACUGAUGUUCAGCGUGCCGACUCAGCGAGUAAUAGCGUCGCCGAGUCUCGUUGCCAGAUUUCAAGUAAUAGUCGGAUUAAACCUAAUGACGGCUUGGAUAAUCAGGGAGAGGAGGUGGAGCAGAUCCCACCCGGCGGACAGGACCAGGGUGGCACCAUCACCAGCGAAUCAUUGAUCGGCCACAAUUAUCAUCAACAGCGGGCUACUCGUAACUCACCCAAUGAGACAAGUCCAGUUCACGAUGCUGCUACUCGCAGCAGAAGAUCCCAUAGCGAGCUACGCCAUAAAAAGCGGUCUGAUCGGAAUGCCGAGCUUCAGGAUGAUGUCGAGUUUGAUCAUUGCGAUGCUAGAGAAGUUCGUAAUGCUAGCACAGCACGCCAACCUCGCUUCGCUUCCUCCACGAAGCCGGGACGUCCAAAAAAGUUCUGUAGUGAUAUACCGCAAAGCAUAAUCUGGCUAAGCUCAUAAAUGCGAUUCCCCCACAGCAAAUUCACCAAUUGGCCCCGCCGAGCUUACCAAUAAAUUCUCUGAAGCAAAUAUGGCAACAGUACAAGCAACUUGAACAGCGAUUUAACACAGGACGUCGCUUCUU